UUCCACUUACUGCUAAUUCAAUUCUUGUAUGAUAAAUCAGUAGUAUGAUAUGACAACUAACAACUUUAAUGAAUGGAUUGAGUUUAUAGCCAUGCAUUCAUAGUAUUAUUAUAAAACAGAAAAAUUAGAAAAACUCCUCAUGAUUCCCAGUGUCAAACUCUACACUCACUAUUCUCUAUAAUGGGAUUUGAAUGUAGAAGUCAGCUAUCAAUAGACUCAACUAUGACCAGAGAGAAAACAGGUAGAUCAUAUGUGCAUGCAAUAUAUAAUUCAAGGAAGUUGCCUAUAGUGUGGUCAAAAUCUGUCUCUGUCAGCCUCCGCUUAUUACUUUCAGUGUUGAGUUACUUAGUGUUUAACUGUUUUAUUACUUUGUUAAGUGUUUAUUGCCUACUUCAAUGUUUUAUUGCUACUUUGUUGUCAUGCAUGAUUAAUGAGGUUGUGGCUCUUUAAGAGCACUUCGGCUGUCAUUUGAAAAGAGGAGGGAGGAGGAAUUCAAACAGUCAGACGCGCGCUGGCAUCAACAAACUUUGCAUAUCAGACAGAAGAAUAACAUCGGAAGAACACCACGUGGCCCAUGAGGAGAAAGGUAUUGGACUAGACGUGUUUGACCUUUGGAGGGAGGAGGGAUGAAUGAGGGGAUAUGCAUCUGUAAGCCACACCUAUUCUCAGAUCUUGCUUUUCUUUUGCUGCCAUCAUAACAUAACAUAACAUAACAACAGAGUUGGAAGGGACCUUGGAGGCCUUCUAGUCCAACCCCCUGCCCAGGCAGGAAACCCUACACCAUCUCAGUCAGAUGAUUAUCCAACAUUUUCUUAAAAAUUUCCAGUGUUGGAGCAUUCACAACUUCUGUAGGCAAGUCGUUCCACUUAUUAAUUGUUCUAACUGUCAGGAAAUUUCUCCUUAGUUCUAAGUUGCUUCUUUCUUUGAUCAGUUUCCACCCAUUGCUUCUUGUUCUACCCUCAGGUGCUUUGGAGAACAGCCCGACUCCCUCUUCUUUGUGGCAACCCCUGAGAUAUUGGAACACAGCUAUCAUGUCUCCCCUAGUCCUUCUUUUUAUUAAACUAGACAUACCCAGUUCCUGCAACCGUUCUUCAUAUGUUUGUUGCUCUUCUCUGCACUCUUCCCUGCACUCUUCCCUGCACUCUUUCUAGAGUCUCAACAUCUUUUUUACAUCGUGGCGACCAAAACUGGAUGCAAUAUUCCAAGUGUGGCCUUACCAAGGCAUUAUAAAGUGGUACUAACACUUCACGUGAUCUUGAUUCUAUCCCUCUGUUUAUGCAGCCCAGAACUGUGUUGGCUUUUUUAGCAGCUGCUGCACACUGCUGGCUCAUAUCUAAAUGGUUAUCCACUAGGACUCCAAGAUUCCUCUCACAGAUGGAAAAGAAAAGAGUGGCAAUUAUUGGAGCUGGUUCCAGUGGACUCUGUAACAUCAAAUGCUGCUUGGAAGAAGGUCUGGAGUCUGUAUGCUUUGAAAGUAGUGAUGAUAUUGGGGGACUCUGGAGGUUCAAGGAGAAUCUUGAGGAGGACAGGGCUAAUAUUUACAAAUCUGUAAUCAUCAACACCUCCAAAGAGAUGAUGCGCUUCAGUGACUUUCCCAUCCUAGAUGAUUUUCCCAACUACAUGCACAACUCAAAGAUAAUGGACUAUUUCCGGAUGUAUGCCAAACACUUUGACCUUCUGAAAUAUAUUCAUUUCAAGACUAAAGUCUCCAGUGUAACAAAAUGCUCAGACUUCUCUACCAGCGGCCAAUGGGAUGUUACCAUAGAGUCAGAUGGGAAGCAGGAAUCAUCAGUUUUUGAUGCAGUUUUGGUCUGCACUGGCCAUCACACCAGUGCAUAUCUGCCCCUGGACUCCUUCCCAGGUAUGUGAAAAGUCAACGCCACACCAUCCAAGUGGACUACAUAGAAUAUAUGGAUGAACUGGCUUCUCUGAUUGGGGUCAAGCCCAACAUAUGGUCCUGGUUUAUCAAAAAUCCUAAGCUGGCCCAGGAACUUUUCUUUGGGCCGUGUACUCCAUAUCAAUAUCAUUUGCAAGGACCAGGAAAAUGGGAGGGAGCCAGGAAAGCUAUCCUGACCCAGCAUGAACGGAUCUUGAAACCCUUGAGAACCAGGCCAGUUACCCAAUCAGACAACAAUGCCUCAGUGUCCCUUUGGUUUAAGUUGGUUGGCCUUCUUGUUCUGUUCGCUGCAAUUUGGGCUUAUUUUUAAGUCCACAAAAGUUCUAUCCUCCUAGUGCCAAUCACAACCUACAUAGAUAUUGGCAUUAUAAUUUCAUAUUUGUACCUUUAAUAUCAUACUUAUUAAGUCUGCACAUAUAUUCCCAUUAUCCUUCUAUUCACAUGAGCCAGUUUUGCUAGAUGGGAAUGCAUUUUCUUUAAACAGAAAGCAGAAUAAUCUCCAAAUAUAAUCUAUAGAAAAUAUAUUGCUUGGAGCUUCUCUGGGAAUUUAAUGUCGUCCUGCAAUGCAAUAAUUGUAAACAGAUAGAUGCUAUAACUCUGAUUAUUGGUUGAAUGGAAAAAACCACUGAGCAAGGACUAUUUAUAUGAAAAAAUAAUUUUUAAUACAAUGUAUCUUUUUGCUUUCUUGCCAAGAUGCUAGUAGAUUUCACAUUUACCCUGGUGGAGGUGGGAGUCACAUUUCAGAUGACAGAAAAGCUACUAUCAGAUGCCAGUUCAAUACUUUGUUACUAUACUUUGAGAGGCUCUUUUGGUGCCAAUCUGCUAUAAACUCUAGGAACCUGAUGGAAGGGGGACAUAUUUCAGGGGAAUGAAAAUUCACUCCAAGCACUGUCAAUGGCUUGGGAAUGGAGCACAGCUGUAUUCCUCAGCAGACUGUUCUUUUGAAAUUGAUUGGGCCUGAGGGGACCAACUAUGGGUGGAACAUUA